AUGUACGUGGAACUCUACUGGCCUGCACAGAGCCGCAACAAUAUCAAUCAGUGUGACCCCCCCUGCAUCAUUCACCAGGGCUGCAGCGUGUUCGACAACUGUAAGAGGUGCUAUAACGGCGCAUGGAUGGCGAAGGUACUGCGCUGAGUGCAGGGCUGGUCUGGAGGAGACCGUCUCAUUAUACGCUGGUCUCAAGGUCAGGUGACUCUAGAGGGUUAUCCGAUCAAUGCCAAAUGUGAUUGGAAACUGCACGUUCGCACAGGGUUAGCAAUGGAACUCAGGUUCACGAUGCUUAGUCUGGAGUUUAAUCACAAGUGUUAGUGCUACGACUACAUCGAGGUCAGAGAUGGUGGCAGCAUUAACUCGCCCGUGAUUGGUCGAUACUGUGGAGACGAAAUCCCACCACCAAUCAGGAGCCCGGGAAGCUCUCUGCAUAUCCGCUUUGUAUCAGAUGGCUAUAAUAAUUAGGACGGCUUUUCCACCAUCUUUCAGGAACUCUCAGAACGAAUUGAACCUGGAUGUGUAGCCUCAGAGAGGCCCGUUCUUGGGGAUGGUUUUGUGCAGUACAAUGACAGAAACGUCGCCACUGCGGUUCGGUACAUCUGCCAUAAACCUUACAGUCUCAAAGGAGCCUCGUGGAGGACGUGUCUGUCCAACGGCACCUGGAGUGGCGUGGCUCCUACGUGCAUCAGGGAGGCUGAACUGAUCAGUAAAGUUCCUCGCUGCCACCGCUACAUCACUGUUUCUCCUCAACCGUCACAGACUCAGAGGGUUCAGAUGAAAGUGUGGAUUUCCAUUGCUAUAAUCCUUAUAUUCUAA